ACUUGCUAGAGAGAGAGCGCUCUCUGAAGGUGUUCCUUAGUGUAGUGGCGCUGUGGUAGGGAAAGCUGAUUAUGGAGCGAACAGAAAUGCAGAAACCUCAGAGCCUGUCGGAUGUAAUUCAGGAUUUGCACCGCAUUUUUUCUGAUGACAAAGUCGAUGUGGACGAGGUGCGAACUUUGUUAGAAUCCUACCAAAGCAACCCUCAGGAGUGGUGGAAGUACGCCAAAUUUGACCAGUGCAGAUACACGAGAAAUCUUGUUGAUGAAGGAAAUGGGAAGUUCAAUUUGAUGAUACUCUGCUGGGGUGAAGGCCAUGGCAGCAGCAUCCAUGAUCAUUCUGAUUCCCACUGCUUCUUAAAAAUACUUCAGGGACAGUUAAAGGAAACAAUCUUCAAUAUGCCUAAUGAAGAAAUAAAAGAACUUUCCAAGAAAAAGGAGACCAUUCUUCAAGAAAAUAAGUGUGCUUACAUGAGUGAUUCAAUUGGGGUGCACAGAGUUGAAAAUGUGAGUCACACGGAGAAGGCUGUCAGCCUUCACUUGUAUAUUCCUCCAUUUGAUAGUUGCCACACCUUUGAUGAAAGAAGUGGCCAUAAACAGAAAGUGACAGUUAAUUUCACAAGCAGAUAUGGGAAGAUUGUUCAUCCUGAAAAUGCUGUUUCUCAAGAAAACAACUAAUUCGUUCACUAACAAGAUUACGGGAACUUCUGAGAUGCCAAUAUAAUACUGGCAUGAAACUUUGGAUAUCCACUUGCUUUUAUGGGGAAAAUAAAAAUAAAUCUCAUUUUGAUAAUGCAGAAUUAAUUACUUAAUUGUGAGAUUAAAGGUUUUUAGAUUGGCUGAUUAUGCAAAUAUAAAUUCUUAACAGAGGCAGUUAAUUGUUCCACUUUGGGUAUUUAAAUUUCCAGUUAGCAUGAUUUGAGUUUUCAAAUGCAUCUUUUCACUGGUAGCAAAAUGUGCAUUUUAUGUGAAGAUUGUGCUCUUGAUGCUGACUAUCAGUAUUUACUAGUGUAUUCUUCAGUUCUAAAAUAAAUUGCCAUAAUCAUUCUCUAGCAUUUGAAGACUUACUAUAGAUACUGGCAUAUUGUAUUGUGAAAUGAAAAAAAUGUAAACAAUAUAUUUUCCUGUAACAAGACAAGGUGUAAAUUUAAUGAUUUUAUUAGUCUGAAAUGAUCUUAAUGUCUGUACAUAUUAGAACUUUUAGAUAUUGCUUCAAUAAACUGAAUUUAUGAAA